AUGACGACUCAUACUGUUUUGGUUACUGGUGCAAAUGGCUACAUUGGCAAUGCCGUCGCGCGAGCCUUCGUCCGCGCGGGAUGGCUUACCUACGGUCUUGUUAGAUCGCCUCAGUCCGUGCAGAAGCUCGCGGCAGAAGAGAUCAUCCCCGUAGUUGGGAUUAUUGAUUCUAGAGAGACACACGAGAGUAUUCGCAAGGCUCUUCCAACGCGUCUUGACGCCAUAAUAUCUACGACCGAAUCAUUGAAGGACUACGGGUUUCACUACGAGAAUACCGUCCACCUGCUUCGCCUUCUAGGCGCUUCCAGUACCGCCGCCGGGACACAGCCGAUUGUUAUCUUCAGUUCGGGGUGCAAAGACUACGGGAUAGGGCCACAUGUACACGGCGAGCCUGGACCGCCUGCGCAUACCGAAGAGACGCCGCUUAGACCGCCUCCCGUCGUGGCGGCUAGAACGAAGUUCUCGGUCAAGAUUUUCGACCAUAGAGACGUUUUCCUGCCUGUCCUGGUGAGGCCUACCAACGUCUUCGGGAGGGGGUCGACUUAUUACCAAAACUUCUUUGUCGUCUCAGAGAAAACGGCAGAUCAAGGUGGGCGGCUUGUUAUGGAGGCUCCGCCAAAUCAUAUCAUACACGCGUUGCAUGUUGACGACUGCGCCGAAGCGUAUGUUGCCAUUGCAUCCCACCCUCGAUUGGACGAGGUGAUCGGCCAGGUCUUUAAUAUUUCCUCACAUCGGUACGAAACGGUGGACGAAAUCACUAGAGCCCUGAUUACCGAGUACAAUAUUCAGGGCGACCCUGAAUAUGUCGACCCAAAGGGACAGGAAGCGGUACUCUGGAUGCCAAUGUUGGUCAAUUUCCCUCAAUGGGUGGAUUCUACCAAGCUGAGGACAGUCACGGGAUGGAAAGACCAUAGGCCAUUGUUUUCUGAAGCGUUACAUGUUUAUCGUCUAGCCUAUGAGGCUGCGAAGGAGGCAGGAGACGAGGGUGUCUUAAGGGUACAGCAUUACAUGGGCCGUGUCACCCGUCCACGAAAUCUUCUCUAG